AUGAUUCAGAAGGUGUCCACCAAGCUCAGCACUUGGACACUGCAGGAGUGCAAGUUGUGGGCGGAUACCCUGAACACGCCUUGUGGGGCAUUCAAAAUAGCCUUCAAGAAGCGCAGCUAUCACGUUGUAACUUCAAUAGAGCUUCUGCCUCCGGUUUUGCAUGCGAGCGAGCAAUUCCCAUGGAUUCUGCCUAAUGUCAAUAUUGGCAUCCGAUUAUGUGAUCAGUCCCCCAUGUUUUGUUGCUGGUCCUUUCUGACCAGCUCCCGGAUCAAGGUGUGGUCGAAAGAAAUAAUCACCACCGGGGAAUUAGCAAGACUGUUCAAGGCGAAGAAAACUGUGGAUCUUGAGGUUACUUUGGAUAUUCCAUCCCGAAAUAUACUCCUCUUUAAUACCAUAUAUACUCAUAACGUUUCCAUACAUACCCCAGCUGUUUAUCGGGCUAUUCAUAGAGCUGUAUAUUAUUUAUACUCCGCGUCCAGCUUCUAUGCUGAGCUGCUGAAUCAUGAGGAAGAACUAACUUCGUUAAUUCUCGACAAUUUCGAGAGCAUUAGGAAUACAAGGACGUCAGUUGCUUAUUUAAACCUGCUGUCGUACCUGAGCCAAAAUAUUCCGGAGUUGUUCGAAAUGGAGGUGAAUGAGAUUGUUUUGAUACUGUUGAGUCGGGUUGUCUCUCAGAUUAAGGGGCUCAUUACUUCUCUCAAUUGGGAAGGGGACACCACCAUGUUGGGCGGGGUUUUGAAGAGUUGUAGAGGACCGCAGUUGGUGAUGUUGAAGCUGAAUGAAGAAAGUGCCCACUUGAAAACACUCGCGGCAGUUGCUACCAUUGAUGUCCCGCGGGACGUGGUUAUCCCUCCGAAUCCGACGGGCGGUGGUUCGAGCGUUACAAGCGGUCGCAGCACCGAGUUGGGCAUCCCGUUAUCAGGUAGCCCGUUAUCAGGUAGCCCGUCUCGCUCGAUGAGCGCAGAUAUGCGGGCGCCAAGUGGGUCUUGGAAGAUGGGGCGUGGCUCACGGCACUAUCGCGCGAUCGCCUUAGGAUUUCAGGCUGGACGGCAUGAAUUUACGACUAUCCGAGCGUCGGAUGAGGAAUGGCUGAAAGUCACGGACCACGGUGAGGAAAGUCUCGAAGACAACGGCGUGAUUGCGUGCCACAAAGGUUUGUUGCCCAAGUUCAUUUUGUACGCCGCCGUUGCGCCGUUCACGACCGCUACGUCCGGCUCCAACGGCUGGGGAACCGGGACGCCCAGCACGACCUGGUCAGUAGGCGACGAGGCCCGGCCCAAGGACCCCUCCGCCACGGUCGACUCUGUAUGCGCUACCAGACCGCAAGGGCGCGCGGAAGGGCGGGCCGAAGACAACGCCCUUCGACCUGGCUUUCUUCGAUCGGAAGGGACCCGCCGGGCGGACUACUACCCGGAUCACCGGGCAGACCCCCGGGCAGACCACUGGACGGAGUACCGGACGGAGUACCGGGCAGAAAAGACUGUGGCGACGGACGGACGGUUGGUUGCGAUGAGUAGCGGCGAGAAACAGUUGUUGAGUCCGGUCUUCGAUUGGGUUUCGCACAUUCCAGCGGACCCGCCCAUGGGGUUGCUGUAUUGCAUCAUCCCAUGGCGUAGUCAGACGAAGGAGGACGCGCUCGCGAUCCGUCGGAUCAUCCUCGACCGUGAACGCCGACUACCGGCUAACCAGGUCUGGUUCAAUCUCGCCUCGCUCAACUACAAACACCUCGGCUAUCAAGGCCUGCUCUGGGCAGACGCCUUCGCAGCCGCUUCCGACUUCCGCAAUCACGCCUCGGAUGAAUCGGGCGCCGAAGAUGGCACCGGUCUCGACAUCGGUCCUGACCUCGAUACCGACCACAAUCCCGGUGCCCGGAAUAAUGCCCUAGACGGCGGUGCCCUAGACGGCGGUGCCCUAGACGGCGGUGCCCUGAAUAAUGUGCAGGACGCAGGCUCGGACGCCUCGGAGAAAGACGGACGCAUGCGGAUGAAGCGCAACUGCCUUGUGCAGCCAUUAACCGCGGCGACCCUCGGCGGCAAACGCAGGCGGCUGCCCUCUGAGUGCGUCGGACGUGAAGCAGUGGACCGCAGUAGCGAGGCACUCCUCGUUUCGCGCUAUUGCAUUUCGAACAUGCUCCACAAAGCAUUCGUCCCGCUGCCUUUCGGUGGACCCCGUUUCGUGACCAAGGAAAAAAUCCAAGGCGCGAAGGAAGGGACGAAGGAGGGGACAAAGGAGGGAACGAACGCGUCCCCAGCUGUCGCUACCCCCUCCGGGCGCAGUACAGCCGCUGGAUUAGGUUCCCUGCCCCCGGGCAAGAAGGCGAGCCGUAAGGCUUAUCCGUGCUGCAUGGUCACCACUUCGAUCCGCAUGUACCUAGAGUUUGAUCCCGUGCUAGGGUAUGACUUAGAGGUUCCGGAAGCCCUGACUUCACUCGAGCUGAAGCAGCGGUUGGAAGAAUUGUUCGGCGAGCUCUGUGAGAGGCGCACGGAGUGGUGGAGCGCUGCGCCCAAGUCGCUUCCAGGCGCCUUGAAUCCUGGGGUUCUCGUGCCAGGCUUGGGCGGCAACGGCGUCGGUCGCCCUGCCCCGGUUAGCCUAAGCGGCUCUGCCCUGGACAGCCCGGUCUCGAACAGCCCGGUCCCGGACAGCCCCGUUCUUCUCGACGGACCGGUCCCUGAGGGGCCGGUCCCGAAGGGACCGGGACCUGGUUCUGUGUUGGCACUGUGGAAGCGGCACGGGUGCACGUGGCGCCAAUUGCCGUUGACGGGGGAUCGUUCAUUGGCCAGCUUAUUGAGUGGUGGCGGGCGUGACGUGUUGGUAACGAUGACGGAGCGGAAGCCGAAUGUGGCGGAGACGUUGUUAGACGUGUACUGGACUGACUGCCGCACCUUCGUGCCGCGGCACGUGGGACUGGUGUCGAGUCUAAACAGUAUGCGCGUGUCGGAUGUGUACGAGCUUGUGGUGGUGCCACGUGUAGACGCACGUGCUCUAGGCAACACCGGCUGGUGCUGUACAACCAGCGAAGGCCAACUGGUUCUAGAUACCUCCGUCAUCCGCAAGCUGCGCGUCUCACAGGGCGCUCUCGUCUUCUCAAAUUGUGUCCCGCUGCCGCGUCGUCGUCGUCUCCACCUUGAACGCAAGGCCCGUCUCCACGCGAAUCAAAAGCUUCUGUAUAAAAGCACCGGCCUCCAUCACAGACGCACCGACUCCGGGGCUGUACCAGCUGGUGGCGGCGGAAGCGGCGGCACGCCCAGACUUCGAGCCAAAACUGGAAGUGGGACUGGAGCUGGGACUGGAAACAUCACGGGCGGGAGGGAAGCCACGACGGCAGCUGGCGGUGGGACUGAGUCCGGUGCCGCGGGCUCAGCUAGUUCGGGAUCGGUAUCGGUGAAGAUGGAGGUGGCUAAAGGUCGACGUGCGCGCGGAGAACGUGUGCGACUGGGAACGGAGUCCCGAACGCGCAGUAACCGUGCGUCGGAGUCUUCGAGCGCUCGAGGCGCUGGUGGUGAGACAAGGCGUCAGUUUGAAGUGGUCUGGCAGGAGUUUACGACGAAACAGAAUUCUGCGGCCGUGGAGAAAUUGCCGUGGUUGAUUAAACACAAUAAGCUGCGAGCAGUCAAAUGUCUGGAUCAAAUCAAAGUCGGCGAAGACAAUGCUAGGGACGUAUGCAGACUCAUUGCAGCCUCCGCUGAAAGCCUCCUAUCAACUAUGCGCCAAACUAGAUCCAGUCGUCGCAGUACCCUAUCCUCAAUGACUGUUGCUGAUGCUCUUAUACAUAAACUUAGAUACUUCCUCCUUACCUCCAGCCUCAAAGCAAAUGGACCGCUUUGCGAACUGGUCUACGACUCACUGAACAUUCUAGAUGUCUGCGAACAUAACGGCGGAGUUUUUCCCGCCUUCAACAUCUGA